CACCCGCGCACGCGACAUCCCUCCGUUGAGGGUGCGCGCCACCGCAUCUCUAUGUAUGUAUGUAUGUAUGUGUGUGCGUGCGUGCUCACUGAGGGUGCUGCCUAUUGCAGUGGCAGCCAGCAACGUGGUGCAGCCAGCAGCAUGACGUAGCCCACCCCGCGUGGUACGCUAAUAGCUCGAUCAACCCUCGCGCCCGUGCCGCGCGAGGGUGCACGGGGUAUCUAGAACCGUCACGACCUCCCGCACAAGAGGAGUUAGCCGCAGACCUCUGGUCAGCAUCCGCGAGAUUGGAAUAAUGUAGCGUCGUCAGUAAACGUGUACAGAAGACCCGCGAGCAGACGUCAAGUAUUUCGAGAGCAUCGGGCGUCGCAGCCAAUCGUGGAAAAUCGAUGAGUGAUUGAAGAUUAUCUUUCGUCGCAUUAAAAUUGUAUAUCACUGCAAAAAUACGACAGCGGUGUAACGGACUUUGCAAUCAGAAACUAAGAAACGCGACACCGGCAAGCGAUAUCGAGUUUAUCGAGUGCUUUCGAUUAUUCGCGGGUACACAUCUGCGCAAAUAGUGGCUUCGAUUAAUCAUCCCGUAAAGCAGACACUUGUGGAAGAGAUACUCGCGUAUGAUGGAAACGCGAGCGCCGGCGGAGCCGCUGGAAGAAAUUUACGGCAACCGCGGGGAAUCAUCCGUCUCGUCGAACACGGCGAAUCAUCUGAUAUUUGCCAUCAGAUAAUGUACGGCCAUCGCCGAUAAUGGAGCACAAAUCCGGCUAAGACUCGCAUCGCGAAGCUGACCGUUGCAGCCAAGAACGGUUCGCCGAACAUCGAUUGGCUCCAGGCAACAGAACGAAUUCAGACUGCUUUCUGACGUAGUGAACGAGCUAAUUGGGCGUGCAGUUACAUCUGCCGGGGAUCUCGAAUCUCCUCGAUUUUGGAUCCGUUGCGGAGCAGCGACGAGAAGCACAAGAAAUUGGAACAAAUAAAGAAUUAUCGAUGUUUCAUCUUUCUUGCCAAGUAGAGCAAUUAGUGGUAAGCAAACAGAAUCGAGUUAGAUACUGCCGGCAAGAUGCUUGAGCAAGUAUCAAGAUAUUUACAUAAAUUGCACGCAUUAUUUGGCAAGCGAGAGAAAUAGAAACGAGCGUUUUUAGCCUGACUCGUUUUUGAUUCAGUGAAGAAGAAAGACACUUCCCUCACACGGCCAUUGAUGCAAGAAGCACUGGCUAAUGCGGACGUAUUGGAACGACGGUGAUUACCAGCUUUUAUGCGGCUUGUAGCUGUUACCGUUAUCGGGGGAAGAAGAUCGUUAGUAGCGUCGCCUGGAAAUUCUACGGAAGAUUAAUGAACGGUACGACCAGUGGAACAACGUCGCGACGAUAGUAACCAAUAAGGAACCACACGGCCAAGGGAGAACAACGUCGCGGCUCUCUCACUUUCUAUCUCUGUCUCUGGUCCAGCGGUCGGUGACACAGGCGGUCGGCUUCAUGUUGUCGCGCUUCCUGCAGGAACUGUCGUCAGCGGACAACAGGAGUGCUGUCGCGGCGAAGCGGAAGGAGGAGGGCUUGUGAUCGUUUCGGCAGCGGGUCAAUCGUUCCCGCGGCACAACCGAUCGCACGACGGCGAUCGCCACGAUCGCCGCCGAUGAAAGUCGUGAUGUGACAGCAGCGGCGAAGGCAGGUGAAGAGAUGACGGUGACGGUGACGCCGUCGACUUCCGACGUCGCCGACAAGGCGGUGUCGACGGACGAUGGCGGCGGCAGCGGCGGCAUGGAAGUGGCGCGUUUGGAGGCUGUCCUCGCCGCCCUGGUGGAGACAAAAGUGGAAGCGAUGAAGGCGUCGUCGACGCUUAGCCGACGUUCCGGCAGCGCGCCCACCAGUCCGCGUCGACCUAGAUUGACCUCAACCUCGACGGCCUCCUCCUCGUUGAACCAUCACCACCAUCAUCACCACCACCAUCAUCAUCAUCAUUCCCAGCAGCAGCAACAGCAGCAUCAACAUAAUAAGAAGAAAGGCCAACAUCAUCAGCAUCACCGCCAUCAUCGCAAACGUCACGACUCCGCGCCCUGCGAGAGUGAUUACCUCAACAACGCGGUGGAUCAUUCUCAGCAUAAAUUAUCUAAUGGAAGAGGACGGAGAAGAGCCUCCGAAAGUCCUCGAAGCCCUCGAAAGAAGCGCAGGCAUUCGAGGAGCCCAAAUGUUCUCCAAGGCGUCGUCCAAGACGUUCACGCCGGCCUCGAUUCGCGUUUCGAGUUGCUUGGCAUUGACGGCGACCAAGACGUGGCCCUAAUAAAUUUCGAAAGGGCUAAAGAAGUCCUCGGCGACUCCUGCGAAUAUCCGCGGCUGCACCGAAGUGCCUGCUACUUUUCUCAAAGCGCAGCUCAAUUAAAAAUUCAUUACGACGACGACGACUACGUAGCGUUGAACGUAGCCGACGAGCUGGAGGAAGAGGAGACUCUGAGCGGACCGGAGAAGGUGGACGAAGCUCAGGGAAGAUAUCACCGACCGCGAAGAAAGCGUAAACGUAAACGACGCAAGAUCGAACCCGUCUGCCCGGAAGAGGAACUCGUCGAUCCCGAGGAACUUCCGCCUCGUGCACGAUGGACGAUCGUCGCGACCGCUUGUCUUCUGCUCGCCAUGUCCUUACUCCUGGUUGGUGUUACGCUGCGAAUGGCGCCUAUAAUUGACGACAUGG